CAGCCUGGGCACCAGCUUAGUCAAUUUCAUGCUAACAUUGGCAACAACAAGCGAGAGUAUGAAACGCUGCUGGACGUCAAGACCAGACUGGAGCUUGAGAUUGCAGAGUACAGGAGACUGCUGGAUGGAGAUGAGAGGAAGUCCCAAAAAAUUGUCACCAAAACAAUCACAGUGGUGGAAACCGUGGUGGAUGGGAGGAUCAUGGAGAGCAGCGAGAGUGUGGAUGUUAAUGAGCGAGAUAACUAAUCUGCUCAAAAACACACCACAUGUUUUACUCAUGCCUUCUGUAUUGCACACUUACACAGUUAAUGAAGUAAUUGGGAGUUUACAUUUAGUAGAUAUGAACAUGAUUAUCUGAAUGUGAAUUAGUUUUUGUUUUGUUUUUGUUUGUCUGAUUUCAGCUCUCUGUUAAAUGACAAUCUCACGCCUGAUGUACUGCAAGCACAAAUCUCAAAAUGUAUCACCAACCUUUCAGAAACAAUGCUUUGAUAUUGACUUAAAACAGUAAACAGAUUUAACAUGA